AUGUCUAGAUUCAUCGACCGCCAACCAAUUCACCCAAACCCUCGGGAGAAGGAGGUCAUCCUACUCAGUUUCGGACGAAACGCAACCAACGGAUUCUACCACGCCCUGAAAAUCCUCGGAUACAAACCGUACCACCAGGUCGAAGUCUUCAAGAAUGGCGUGUCACACAUCCGCAUGAUGGACGACGCGGUCCGUGCCGGGUCCCUGGGCGAGGGCAAGAAGUUCACCCGAGAGGACUUUGACAAGUGGUUCGGGGACUACGACAGCGUCACCGACGUGCCCGCGUGGUUCCUCCCCGAGCUCGUGGCGGCAUACCCGGACGCCAAGUUCGUCCUGACCGAGCGGGACCCCGAGGCAUGGCGGCGCUCCGUGGCCAAGACCUUCCAACCAAUGGCGACCUUCUUCACGACGCCCUCCGUGCGUCUGAUUGGCAUGUUCGACGCCUACACCUACUACCUGACCCAGCUUGGCCACAGCUUCCGACGAGUCCUCUACCGAGGCUACAUGGGUGGAGAUAAGGAGAGGGAGCUGGAUGAGUGCGUCGAGCUGUACAACGCGCAUAAUAAAGCUGUCAAGGAGUUGAUUCCUCCCGAGAAGCUUCUUGUGGUCAGAUUGGAGGAUGGCCUGGGCUGGGACAAGCUUUGCCCCUUCAUUGGCAAAGACAUUCCGGACGUCCCCUACCCCAGAGUUAAUGACACCGCAGAGUUCCAAAGGCUGGCGACAAUGGACCUGUUCGCGUCGUGGAAGAAGACUGGUCUCAAAAUGGCAAGCCUGAUCGUCCCCCUCAUUGGAGCGUCGAUCUGGUUCGCAAGGCAAAGAUAG